GUUAUCAAAAAAUAAAGUGAUAGCGAGAGAGAGAGUGGAGAAGAAGGAGACACAAACAGAGUCACCGGUAGUAAUACAUACACAGACACACGGAAAAAUCACUAUCUACUAUCUUCCUCUUCUUCACUAUACAACAAACAAAAACCCUAGAAAUCUCAGCUCCUCUCUCUGACAAAAAAUUCUAUCUCCUUGCAAAAAUCCAAACCCGCAGUUUAUCUAUCUAUCUAUCUAUGGCUUCUGCCACGUGGUCACCGAGCUCGCUCCAGCUCCGACUAGCUCUGAAUUGUAGGAAUUGCAGGAAAUCCCCUGCGAUUCUGGUACGGACGCAGCUGGGGAAUCCGGGUCGUCGGAUUCGGGUGUUCUGUGUGGCUCAAGACGAAGCUAGAAAUGAAAAUGGAGUGGAACGGCGUCGUAAUGAGGGUCCAUUGGUCGGGUCGGAUUCUACGGCUAACGGGUUCUCCGGUUGGUCUGAGUCCGACCCUGUUGAUUCGCAGAGUAACAAGUGGUUUGGAGGGGUUGUGGGAGCAGGAGUAGUUGGAGUCAUUCUUGUCUCGGGGCUUGCAUUUGCAGCGUUCUCGUUGAGUAAACGAAACAGCUUAAAACCAGAUCAACACAUGAAGCCCUUGACUACUGAACAGGAAGUGUUGUUGGCCUCUGAUGACCAGAAUGAUAGUGUUAAAGAAGAUGGAAAUGCAGGUGGCAAUGUUCCAGAAGAUACUAGUCUGGAAAGCAGUAAAGGUACAUAUAAGGAUUCUUCAUCUCCUGAAUUUGAUGAAACUCCCAGUGAAAUUAGAGUUGGUGAUGAUUCUGAUAGUGGGUCCUCAUCAGUACAAGAUGUUGAAUAUGCAUCUAAUGUUACUGAUGCCAUUAACAAUGCUUCCAUUCAAGAAGAUUUGCAAAAUGAACCAACUUUUGAUAACAAGUCAGUGUCCCCUGAGACAAGCUCAGUUUCACUUGAUUUUCCUGAAUCUAAGAAUUUUGGUGAUUCUUUUGUUGGGGGUACAGAAGAAUUAAGUUCUGAACUUACAGAGACUCCGUUCGAUGUCAAACCAACCAAUUUGUUAGUCUCUGAUGGUAAUCCUUCAGAUCUUAACACUGAACCCCAGGAUGAAAUGCGUGAUUCUUCUUUUAGUACUAUGACCCCAAUAGUCAAUGAGCCUGUGGCUCUGAAUGUUUCUGUCAAUUCACAGUCAGAUUCAACUUUCGACACUCAAAAUUUACCCAAAAACGAUUUAGAUACUUUAGCCCCACCUUCAAUCAAAGAAAGUCCUGACCUGAGCAAAACAACACUGGUCUCAGCUGAGAAGAAUAGUUCAUCCCUGGACAAUCGUAACUAUAGUGAAAGUGAGUUAUCUGAAAAUUCUCAGCCAGAAUUCACCUAUCCACUUGCAAAUGAUGCAAAUUAUAAUAAUGAGAUGAAUAGGAGCAGAUCAGAAUCAUCAAAUCUUGUGAAUUCCUUCUCCUCUGCUGGUAUACCUGCUCCAUCUGUAGUUUCUGCAGCUCUACAGGUGCUUCCUGGAAAGGUUUUGGUUCCUGCAACUGUUGAUCAGGUUCAAGGUCAGGCAUUAGCUGCGCUACAAGUAUUAAAGGUCAUUGAGGCUGAUGUUCAACCUGGCGAUCUAUGUACACGUCGUGAAUAUGCUCGUUGGUUAGUGUCUGCAAGCAGUGCUCUUUCAAGGAACACAACUUCAAAAGUAUAUCCUGCAAUGUAUAUAGAGAAUGUUUCUGAGCUAGCAUUUGAUGAUAUCACACCCAAGGACCCUGAUUUUUCAUCCAUUCAAGGCUUGGCUGAAGCUGGACUUAUUGCAAGCAAGCUUUCAAGAAAGGAUAUGCUUUCUUCUUUAGAUGAAGAUCAAAGCCCGUUCUACUUCUCUCCAGAGAGCCCUCUAUCACGUCAAGAUCUUAUCAGUUGGAAGAUGGCCUUAGAGAAAAGACAGCUCCCAGAAGCUGACAGAAAGAAGCUGCACCAAAUUUCUGGUUUUAUAGACAUUGAUAAGAUACACCCAGAUGCUUGUCCUGCACUUGUAGCUGACAUAUCUGCUGGAGAACAGGGAAUCAUAGCUCUUGCAUUUGGUUACACACGACUCUUCCAGCCAGAUAAACCGGUCACAAAUGCCCAGGCUGCUAUUGCCCUUGCUACUGGUGAGGCUUCUGAUUCAGUGAGUGAGGAGCUUGCUCGAAUUGAAGCAGAAUCAAUGGCAGAAAAUGCUGUUGCUGCACAUACUGCUUUAGUAGCUGAAGUUGAGAAAGAUGUCAAUGCAAGUUUUGAAAAAGAACUUUCCUUAGAGAGGGAAAAGAUUGAUGCAGUGCAGAAAAUGGCUGAAGAGGCAAGGUAUGAAUUGGAAAAGUUAAGAGCUGACAGAAAGAUAGAGAAUAUUGCCUUGAUGAAGGAACGUGCUGCUGUUGAAUCAGAAAUGGAUGUUCUCUCACGGUUAAGGCGUGAGGUGGAGGAGCAGUUGCAGAGCCUAAUGAGUAACAAGGCAGAGAUGUCAUAUGAAAAGGAAAGGAUCAGUCAACUCCGGAAAGAGGCUGAAAAUGAAAACCAGGAGAUUUCCCGCUUACAAUAUGAGCUAGAAGUUGAGCGAAAAGCCUUGUCUAUGGCCAGGGCUUGGGCUGAGGACGAGGCAAAAAGAGCAAGUGAACAGGCAAAAGCCCUGGAGGAGGCUAGAGAUCGGUGGGAGAGGCAGGGCAUCAAAGUAGUUGUUGAUGAUGACCUUCGGGAAGAGACCACUGCUGGUGUUUCAUGGCUCAAUGCUGGAAAGCCAUUCUCAGUUGAAGGGACUGUUAGCAGGGCUGAAAACUUGAUGGACAAGCUGAAGGUAAUGGCAGGGGAUUUAAGAGGGAAAUCCAGAGAUUUAAUCAACAUGAUCAUUCAGAAGAUAGCCUUAUUAAUAUCAAAUUUGAGAGAAUGGACCAGCAAGGCUGGAAAACGAGCUGAAGAAGUACAACAUGCUGUCAUUUCAAAGGCAAGUAUAUCAGCACAAGACUUGCAGCAAAGCACUGCAGAAUUUAGCUUAGCUCUCAGGGAAGGGGCAAAGAAAGUUGCUGGAGAUUGUAGGGAAGGAGUUGAGAAACUCACCCAUAGGUUCAAGACAUGAUUUCUCUCCUCUCUCUCUCUCUCUCUCUCCCCCCCAAAUAAUUUUUUGCGGUGAUUGGCUGUUGAGAAGUCAAAAUUGUAAUUUUGUUUUUGUUUCCCUUCACUCCUCCCAUGUAUUAAUAAAGGGGGAAUUUGGCCUGUACCAUCAUAUACUGAGAUGUGUAUGAAACACCUGUACUAAGAAUUGAUUGUACCCGAUUGAAAACAAAGAGAAACAGAAAAACUAAUGAUUGAUUGUGGGAUAACACAAUUUCAUUACUAA